GCAGUUCCAACCACAACUACAGCAGUUCCAACCACAACUACAGCAGCUGCAGCAGUUCCAACCACAACUACAGCAGUACCAACAACAACAACAGCAGCUGCAACCACAGCUACAGCAGUACCAACAACAACAACAGCAGCUGCAGUUCCAACCACAACUACAGCAGUUCCAACCACAACUACAGCAGCUGCAACCACCACAGCAGCUCCAACCACAACAGUAGCUCCAACGACAACUACAGCUGCACCA